ACUAUUUAACCUCUUGGUAAUUUUAAUUAGCGAGCCUCAGAUUCCAAAAUCUUGUCCUGUGUUUGACAUCCAGUUGGUGGCUGAUUCAGCUUUAGUUGAGAUGUCUUUUGAUGCUGAGUUACAGAAGCUUAUCCUGGAAUAUACAGAUAGAGCUACAGCACUUUUAUAUGAGAUACUUCUUGUCUUUCAGCAGGGAAAUCUUGGAUGGGGGUCAUCAAAGUUUGCUAUUAGCUGGAUGAUGUUCUUUCUACAAAGUCGUCCUCCCAUAAUUACUUUUGUGGCCAGAAUUGUGAAACGAGUGGUGAAGGGGCUUUCAGCUUCAUUUCAGCUGCUAAGUCCUGGCCAAGCAGUUCUGUUACACCAGCAGUUUUACAUCCUCAAGAGCUGCCUGCAGUACAGCAAGACUUUAGCUGAGUAUAUUAGGAAUGACUACAGAGAAGAAUUCAGGUAAG